AUGUCUUCCAGUAUCAAUACUCUGCCUCCCUACCAGGAGAAGCCAUCUUCCACCAACGGUAUCAACCGUCUCGGUGGUACUAUCCAAACAUGCUCAAUAAAGGAUGGCCAGAUUGACUACUUCUCUAUUAUCCGUGUUUCUGAGACAAGCUACUAUCUGUCUCUUACGGUUGAUCCUACGCCUCUUUACCGCAUUGAACUCAUCCUCGGGCCUAAUAAACUUGGCAAUAUCCAAAUUUUUUCUACAUCUAGUAGCAAACUCCUUGCUGCAGUACGCGUAUCAACUGAUCAGAAAAGUAAGAGUCAGCCUAUAGGUACUAUAUGUACAUCUUCGCCCUCUGAUCCUGAUGCGGUCUGGCGGCCUAUUGCUCUAGAAAAAGGCUUCUUGGCUGUAGACUAUGAAACCCAUAUACCGGUUGUUAUAGUACCUGGCCGAGCUGCCAAAUCUCAAUCCUUUCUAUGGAAAAUCGACGAGGGCAAAGGUGGGAGACUAUGCUGGGAACGUCCACUCCAUAAUUCGAUCAAUCCGACAGUAAACGACUUGAAUUUUGCGACAAUAAGUAUCGAAGACGAUGGGGAGACUUUGGUGGAGAUGCGGAGAGGAGGAGGUAUUGAUUUUGAGUUGAGUGUUAUUCUAGAGGCGUUUCUACUUAUGGACCUCACUCCGAAGACGAAGUUAGCUUAA